AUGAUGGACCGCAUAUUCAGUGGUGGUAGCGUGAGAUCCUCUUGCGUCGCGGCCUCGUCUUUUCGGCUCUUUCUCAUGCCAUGCGGCCCGCCCAAUCCCCAAGGCUUUUCUGCGUCGACAGACAUGACGUUGCCGACUUCGCCUGGAGAUAUGCUUCGGGCGGGUACCUUGGAUAUCAUUUCUCUCAACAUUGUGCUCCUUGACAUAUGGCAUGGCUCGCUCAUGGACAUGUUCGACGACAGCUCAUCGGCCCUCAUUCCCUUUUGGAGACAUGAUUCCACCCAUGCCGCCAUUGAGGGCCGUCUGAUGGAAUUCGAAAUGAAAGCCCAUCCACACCGAUAUACUGCGGUUGGAUCUCCCCGUCGUGUUUUGAAUGAACCUCACCUACGACCCUACUACUCAGCCUGGGUGUUUUAUCAAAUACUCUAUUCUGCCACACGAUGUCGUCUCCAUCAUCCCUUUGUUUUGUUCAUGAAAACUCGUCAACAGCAUGAUCAAGUUCCUCUGACAACCUUACAAAAGUCCCACCAAGAUUCCAUGAUACACUCCAAUUGGGUCAUCCGACACAUCAUUGAGACAGAAGAAGCAGGCAUCACCACUUAUGAUCCCUUCAUCGCCUAUCUCGUUGCACUUGCAGCCAGUAUCCAGCUGGAACAUACCAUCAACGAUAACCCAAAGGUUGCGAGUGCUGCCCGGCGCAAAUAUGACAAAGCACAUGAUUACCUCCAAAAGACAGCCAAGAUAUGGCCUAGUGUAGGCAACAUUCUGAGUGUCCUUGAGGAAAUCUCAAUCCGUCUUCACAGUCGUAACACCAUCAGCCAUGUACAUGGCGAAUACGACGGAGCCAUUCCUCACAACGAGAUCUCGCACGUGAACGUGGAGCAAGAGGACCUCGAUCUCAUGGCCAAGCUCUUUGACUAUGCAGCCCUCGCCCUUGAACAAGAGAGGACAUCUCCUGUCCUAAACUCCGCUCCCCGACACAACUUCCAGCCCUCCGAUAUGACUUCCAACCUUCUCCCAGAGACUAUCACGUCCGCAUCCAAUGACUCGGCCGCGGUUGAACCACGGCAGAACCGUCCAUAUGCCUUGGCAGUGCCCGAACCAAUCGACUGGCCUAACGAAGACUUUGAUAUCUUUCCAGACGUUACGAAUGAUUGGUCCUUCUUUGGCCGGCCAUGGUCCACUCAUUUUUCAGAGGGGCCAACAUGGCUAGGCCCAUCUCCUGGUUCGCAAUGA